AUGGUUUUUCGAAUUGAAGUAAAUCUUGGUAAUCGAUUUCUUUUAUUGAAAACAAUGAAACGUAGAUUUGGAAAUAUUCAAACAUCAAAUUUAUUCAGUGUAAAUACACCAAAACAUAUCAAACAUUGUCAACAAUUCUGUACAUUUUGCAGUCCAGAACGAUAUACAAUUAUGAUACAUAAUGAAAAUGUUAAUCAAAUUCACUAUACAAUGUGCCCAUAUGAUGAAUUACUAAUUAUGGCGAAGUUGAUUUGUACAAAUUUGGUUCAUGAUCCUGUAAACAACAACAACAGCAACAACUGUCUUACCAUUCUAGUUUUAUCGAUAACAUGUGGCAAACUUUCAAAUUAUACAAAAUACAAUCCUUUUAACAUAAUUCAAAAUACUAAUCUAAAUAAUAAUACUAGUGAUCAAAAGUAUUCAACAACACAGGCGGGUUCAUUGAAUCCACUUAAUACUAUCAUAUCUAUAAAUAUUCAGACAAUCAGUAGAUCAAUUAAACGAUCAAAACAUCAAAAAAGUGAUUAUAAACAAUCGAGAACAAGAUCAAAAUGGGGAGUUGUCAAUAUGUCAAUCAAUAAAAAUAUACAUUCAGAUAUUCGUAUUGAUUCAUUUUACCCUGAAAGGAUAUUAGAUACUAAUGAAAACACUUUACAAGUAGAUCAAGUAUUACCUAAGAGUCAAUCAAAAUGUCAACAGAAAAAACACUAUAAAGCACAGGUGAAACUGACAGAAAAUGAUACAGAUCAUGAGGUAAUGCAAUACAUAAGUCAAAAAUUAAUUAAAUCAAUUAUUUACAAUUUUAGAAAAGUGGAAUACUAUCAGUCAACUCACGUCCACCAGAACCUGUUGGAUGUCAGCUGUUACAAAUGACUUCAGCACCUGUUUCAGUUCCAAAAUUACUAUGACUAUCAAGUGCACAAGGAAAUACAGAAGACAAUGAAGACAGAAAUAUUUUUCAUUGUUUUCCGAUUAAAAUGUAUAGUUCAGUAACAUUUUAUAUCACAAGACAAUCAGAUGCACAAUAUAAUAUAUAUUUUCA